AUUAUUAAAUCACUAAAUAAUUAUAUCUAGAUUUUGACAUAAAUCAAGACAUUUAGAGGAAGUAAAUAUAAACGUUUCCACAUUUAUAAGUUAUUUCAGUCGUUAUUUUUUUAUGAAUUAAUGACACAUAUGAAUAAUUAUUUCAUAAUUUAUCUAUUGUAGUUUGGCACUCUUCAGUCUCCAUAGAUGGUCAGGCAUCAUUUUUCCAUCCAGACUUUGACUAGGCCCCUCCAGGCUGAGCUGUGGGUCAUUCCUGACCAGCUAACAUGUUGCUAACGUCUCUGUUUCUGUUUCCCUUCGUCUCGACCUGAUGCUUCCGGACGCCCAGCGGCUCUGAAGCAGGCGGGCAGCGAGGGGGAACUCUGCCCCGCGGACGGUCUGGGCUCUGCAGACAGCAGCAGCACUCUGGCUUCAUCCGUUAUAGAGGUGGAGACGGAGCGGAGAGAGCUGGAGGAGGAGGAGGAGGGGGAGGAGCUUGCUGGCCUCAGAGCUCCGCCCACCUUGUCGAUCACCGAGGAGAUCCUGCAGUUCAUCAGCCAGAGCCGGGUCAUGGAGGGACUCUCCACCACGAACCAGAACCAGAACCAGGAUCCUCCCGGUGAGGUCCGGUGUCCCGCUGACCCGACCGGUCCGCUGCCUGCGGUCGCCUCCAGCCCAGAGCAGAGACUCCUGGCUGAGCCAGACCAGGAAGGAGAAGACCUGAGCAAGAGCAUCACCGACCCGGAUCCAGCUGACGAAGGUCCAGAUGGUUCUGGUGAGGUGGCUGGGGUCAAAGGCCAGCAAGCAGCUGAGACGGGACCAGGAAGUCAUGAUGAAGAGGAACAAACCCCAGAGAAGCCUUCAUCAUCAGAUCUGCAGCCCUGCAUAUCUGAAAACACCGACAGCCUCACUGAGCCGGAACCACAGAGCCCAGGUCCAGUUCCCCAACCCGGCCAGCCUGGUACCAUCCAGAGGUACCAGGCUCCCAAAAAAGGCUCCACCCUCACCAACAAGGACAAGAAGAUCAUCGAGAAGAUCAGGAGCUACUACGAGGCCGCCGAGGCCGAGGAGGAUGAAGCUGAGGACGAAGAGGAGCAGAGAGAGGGAGCAAGAAGAAGAAGCAGCUUCUCCCAGAUCCCCUCCGGCUUGGUGAAGGAGUCCGUGUCGCGCUUUACCGCGAGCGGCCACCAGGUGGAGCCCACGCUCGACGACGUGGAGGAACCGCUGAGGUGUCCUGAGGGGGAACCGGAGAGUCCAGACCAACCGUCCCCACCCAGGCAGAACCCGGACUCAGAACCCAGAACGUUUCCUGAACCGGAGAUCCAGGAGGAGGAAUGCAGAGGUUCUCCAGAGGAACCGGAGGACGGAGAGAACGUUGCUGUGAAGACAACAGAAGAAGAAGAAGGCUUGGCUCUUCCUGAGCAAAACGACGGAGAAAGAACCAUCGAGCCCCAACCGGGCCAGGCAGAACCCUCCAUACACAGGCCGGAACAGGAACCGGGCCAAACAGCCAAGCAGGGCAGAACCCAGUCCACGUGGGCCAGAACCAGAACCAGGGACCCACCAAACCUGGAGCGGGUCCCCAGUCAGAGCAAAGUGGGUCGGUGGUCCCGCCACUCCAAGAUCGUCAGCGCCAACCGGGCCCUGUUUGAGGGGAUGGGGUCCGACGUCACCGGCAUCGGCCUGUUUGAGACGAACCCGGUGGUGGACCCGGUCCUGAUGGAGAAUUCUGAGCGUAUUCUCAGCAAGGUCCAAACCCUGGCCCGCAUGUACAGCGCCAAAGCCAGCACCAUGAAGGGCCCGCUGCUCCACAAGCGGGUCAGCACCAUCAGAACCCAAGCAUGGGUCUCAGCAAGGCUGUCAGGACUUUCUGCUCAGAACCGGGACAGAAGUCCAUCACAGCAAGAAAAGGAGUCCGAAGCCCAGACCGGUUCUGAGACCAAAACACAGACCCACGUCUGCAGCGGACCCAUCCAGAACCAGACCCAGAUCCAGGAGGGAAGGCCAGAACCGCAGACAGACGACCCGCAGCAGGAAGAGCCGUGGCCCAGUGUGACCCGGACCAGGGACCAGCAGGACAGUCUGUCCAGACCCAGGGAGUCCACCUGCUCCAGAACACCAGGACAAGGUCCGUGUGAUCAGAACCAGGCCGUGUCCUCCAGAACCGGGCCGCAGCCCCAGGGGUCCAGCCGGGACUCUGCUGCAGAGGAAGAGGAGGAAGAUGAAGCUGCUGCUGUUUCUCCGGAGCCUGAAGAGCCGCAGGAAGCAGGCGGCCGGCCGGACCAGGACGAAGGGCGCCGUGUGGACGCAGCGGGUGGACAGCAGACAUCUGGGGACGUCUCCGCUCCGCCGGCGGUCGCCGAGGGAAACGGACCCGACAGAGACGCAGCAGCUGGACGCCACGAGGAAGACCAGGGGGGUCGUUCUGGGUCGAUCCCAACUCCAACAGAGUCCAGAACCACAGGGGAACCGGGCCUGACCGAAGAACCGUCCCCAAGACCAGCUGGGUCCACUGGGCGGCCGGACACGGUCGACCCGAUGGACCAUACGACCGCCGCUCAGAAAGACGAAGCUCCGCCCAGUCCGUGUUGGUCCGACUCGCUGCUGGCCGGGGCCCGCCGGGCCUCAGCGGUACCGUGGACCAGCAGCAGCUCACCGGAGACGGAGCGAAGGAAGCCAGACGAGCCGCUGUCUGGACCGUCCCUCAGGACAACAAGCCCCGUCCCCUCAGUCUUCAACGCCGGCCUCGUCCAUCGCUCCCCGUCUCCUCUAAGAUCUGCCCCUCCCUGCUCCUCGCCCUUCAGGCACAUCCCAGUGUCCUCCCCUACUCCAGCAUCUCCUGCAGCCUUCACUUCAGCGCUGUCCUGUUUGUCCCCCACUCCCUCUACUGUCUCCUCUGUCAGAAGCCCAACUCCAUCUCUAACUCUGUGUGGAAACUCUUCACCAUCAAGAGGAACACCUUCCUCCCCAACGCCUCCCCUCCAUUCCCCUACUUGUCCCUCCUCGGCUUUUAGCAGAUCUCUAGCUGCCUCGCACAUCAGCCAGUCCAUCAGUCAGAGUAUGUCUAAGAAAGGAACGGCCCGACAACAAGCACCGACCAUAAAGCUGAUGAAUCCGAGUCCCUCCUCCACUCCGGAUCUGCGACGGCGCACACCUUCACCGAACCCUCCUACAGCUCAGCUAGGCCCCAGCGUGCCGGCUUAUACCCAGCUGGGGUGCACUAAGGAGGGGUACCAACAUCCCAGAUGUCCCCCGUCGUCGGUCCGGUCCUCCUGUCUGUCUCCGCCUUCUGUUUCUCAGUGCCCUCCCUCUCCGUCGGCAGGCCUUCGUCAGCCCCGGUGCUCCUCCCCUUCACCACGGCCUUCCUUCCUUCACUCCAAAUGUGCCUCACCACAACUUGGCAAGAAGAACAUCAACAACAAUAACUCUGCUGGGUAUGUAGGUGGCGCUGUCAGUAAUGGAGGUUGCCUAGGGGCUGACGGCCGAACCGAACCCCUCCAGAGUCAGUAUCCUCUGUGGUCCGGAUCUCACAACCGUGUAGCGCGGCCGUUUUCUGCAUCUGAACCCAGCUCACGAGUUCAGUCUCCAACUCCCUCCCCAACUCCAGCAUCAUUUGUUUGCCUCUUCUCCCCACCGCCACAGCAUAACUACUCCUCCCCCAUGGCGAACAAGCCUCCCAACCCCCGGAGUUCACGGGUCGGAGGUUCCCACAAUCACCUGGACCUCCGUUUGGACCUACCAAGGGCUUCCUUUGAUGGUUCCAGUUGUGGUGAUUCCUCUGCAUGUGUGAGCCCCCGGAUACUCUCCCCUCCUCCUAUCGGGGUGCCAGUUUGGACAAAUAAUGUAGCAGCGCCUCAACCCAGGAACCCUCGACAUUCAGCUUCCCCUUCCUUGUUUCCAUCCACUUCAGGAUCUCAGACCUACAGGAUUCCUUCCUCCCCUCUUCCCUCCCAAAUCGCCCGCAGGCCCCUUUCCUCCACACUUUCAGACAGACCUCCAAGUCCAGCCCGGAGCGCACAGCGUCGUUCCUGGGCGGACUUCGGCCAAAGAUCCCUCGGCUUCACUGGAUCCAUCCGAGGAUCCUUUGAACAGCAGGAGUCCUGUCCGAUUAGUCCAAGCAGUGGGUGGUCCUCCCACAGCAGCUCCCUGUCCUGCCUAAGCCCUCGAGCCGGUCUGCAGUGCCCCCUCUCCCCAACCAGGUUAACCUCUGGUAAGGGUGCUAUUAGUGGGCAACAUUUUACCAGCGUCCCUUGGCCAGACGUCCGAGAGUUGUCAAGCAAGUACAACGGAGAAGACAGUCCAGAAACAAGUCCCACUGCGCCCAUGUCUCCAAUACACCUCAUCGCUUCCCCAUGUCCAACGGACGGCCAGGCCGACUGGGGCGAACCACAACUGGAGGAGGGAAGCUGUCGCACUCAGCUGAUCUGUGCUUACGUCAGCCGGCCCUCUCACCAGCAAACUGUUUCCCCCUCCUCAUGCCUGAUCUUCUCCCCCUCUGGGUUGACCUCCCCUCCACCAGAGUCACACCACUUCCAGAGGCAACCUCAGGUCACUGCCUCGCCCCCUCCACCCUCAACACUCUCCCCUUCGCCCAUCAUAUCAUCCCCUUUGCCCAAACAGGGGAGCCAGAAGGCCAGUUAUGCCACCACAGUGAACCUCCAGAUUGCUGGAAGUGGCCGAAUAACCUCGUUCAGCACCGCCCAGGUUAGCCUGACUCAAACCCUGCAGGGCGGAGCUGGUCCUCCAGGGAGCCAGGACCAGAUGGCGAGAAGAGUGAGCAUCAACGGACUCUCGCCUGUUCCUCAGGGGUGCAACAGGCCAUAAAGGGAAGAACGGCGGUCAUGGAUUCGGUUCUGAGAACAAGCAGGCAAACAGGACAGAGAACGACGAGCUUGAGGAAAGAUGCGAACUUAUCCAAACUGUAAGGACAACAUGUUCUUUAGCUGCUGGUCAAGGCCCUCUGGAUCCGGUCUUAAUCUGGACUUCAGAACUGCUAUUUGACCUAAACAUGAGGAACGCCGGUCAUUUGAUUCGGACUUCCAGAUCCCGGCCAUGUCAGUGAGUUUCAGUUGGUUGUGAACUGAAAAGAACAUUUUGGAUCUGAAGAGAUUUACUCACACAUGGAUCACGAAGUCUUUGGACAUUUGGGAUCCAAAGACAAUCCACACAACUCAAAGCUGGACAUGAAGAACUGGGAUGUCCUGGACAGAUUUAAGGUUCCCUGAAAUGAAAGUUUUAAUGUUCUUUAGCUCAUGUUGGAGAGCAGGAGGACCUCUGAAAGGCCGACACCUUGAAGUUUAGCGUUAUUUUAUUCUGUAACAACCUGUAACUUUUUAAAUCUUGUUUAUUCCUGUUUUUAUUUAUGAAGUUAGUCUCCUCCUUUUUGGCACUUAAUCUCCUUAAAGUCCUCUUGGUGUUUUUGCAGAGUUCUUUUUAAACGACGUGUCUGCAGGUUCUCGGAUGACUUCAGACCAAACUUGUUGCUGUCUAUGGUUCCGUGUUGCUCUCAGCGCUGCGGCCCGAUAAAGUCCAGCUCGUUAAGAUGCUCCAUACAUCUUCCAGCUGUGUUAACAAAUACUGUCAUCAUGUCGGUUACAUCAGGUCUAAUGCAUGUAGGGUUUGUUCUGGUCCGGAGGCUCGAUGUCACACCAGACUGCUGGAGACAAACUGGGAUGAUCUUUGUGACGGGACAGAAAUAAAAACUAGUUUCUCCAUCUUUGGGUCCAAGAGGUUUCAGUGAAAUGUGAUGUUUUGGCUGCGAGUCUAACAGAUGCAUGAGAUAAAUCCCACAUGGAUCCACAACACGGCGAACACAAACUGCUGCCGUUGGGCAUAAAGAUCCAAAGUGUGCAGCUGAUAAUCCUGAGAGGCGUUGUGCCUGUAAGAGGACGCUGAACUGUGAAGCUGUGAUAACAUGCAGCAGUUUCAGUUUUACUUGACGUCUGGCAGUCUUUGACCUGCAGCUUGCUGUGCAGCUCAGGGUCCAUUUCUGUCUUACAGAUGCUGGUUUUUAAUAAACUUCACAGACUUAAA